GGGCGUCGCACUUCUUGAUUGCAAUGGAUGCGUAACUGCGCGUGGUAUGGAGAAAUUUCUGUGAGUCAGAAGCCAUAAAUACAGCCGCCUUCUGUCAGACACUCCCCAUUCCCACUGCUACCAGUUGAUUCCCACUGCAAAUCAGCGCCACAGAGUCCAAUACAAACCCUCAUCAUGGCACCAACCCCAGCCGGCACAGCUCCUGUCAUCGACACGCGAUUCGUCGUUGGAGGCAUUUACAUCAUCACUUUCAUACGCACCACCAGCGUUGAGGGCGGGUUUCACUGGGGAUUGUACCACCACACAUCUCCUUCGUCGGGUACCAAGUACCAUGUCACGAACAUGGGUCCUGGUUGGUUGGCCGACCACGGAACCACCACCGGCGUUAUGAGAUCUCACCUUCUUGUGGGACUCAAACGAAUAGGUUACUGCAGCCCUAGUAGCUCCAAAGAGGUAGCCGAUAUUGUGCAGAGCGUUCCGUUGAACCAGGUGCCACCUGGGCGUGAUGUGCUUGACUGCCGCACGUGGGCUAUGCACAUCGUUGGCAUACUCAUCGCGAGAGGCUACGUCAAAUGCUCAGAUAUCCAGGCAUUGGAGAACGAGGUUCAAAUUUGGAGUGAAAAACAUCAUGCCGACAGCCAUAACAACAGACAGCCGCGCGUCAUCGAGGAUUCCACGGUGUGU